UUGGGUUUUGCCUGGUGAGUUAAGGUGAUCCAGGUCGGGUUGCGGGAGGAGCUCGCGGUAUGGAGGUCCUAAGCUCCCGGGGCGCGGUUCUGCAAGAGAAGCCUCCUGAAGUAGAGGAGAGUGUUGCUACUUAACAGCGCGUUCAAGUUUUGACAGGGAGCAUGUCAUCGGAGCUCCUCACGCUGUCAUGGCAGAAAUGGAAUUCCCUGACCAAUUCCUUACAGUUCUAAGCAUGGACCAUGAAUUGGUGACUUUCAGGGAUGUGGUCAUCAGCUUCUCUCAAGAGGAAUGGGAAUAUCUGGAUUCGGCUCAGAGGGACUUAUAUUGGGAUGUGAUGAUGGAGAACUAUAGCAACUUGGUCUCACUGGAUUUGGAGUCCAAGUAUGACACAAAGUAUUUAUUUAAUGGAAAGGACAUUAUUGAAAAUAAUGGUUUUCAGUGGAAAGUAACAGAAGGUAAAUUCAUUGGUUUGGAGAGCUCCAUUUUCAGAAAUGACUGGCAAAGCAAAAGCAAGACUGAAGUACAAAGACCUGAAGUGGGAUAUUUCAGCCAAAUGAAAAUCAGCUCUGAAAAAGUGCCAAAUUAUAAACAUCAUAAAUCUCUUAUAUCACAUCAGAGAAUUCAUGAAAGCAAGAAACCCUAUGAAUAUAAGGAAUAUGAAAAGGUCCUUAGCUGUGACUUAAGUUUUGAUGAAUGUGAGAGAAUACAUACUGGUGAGAAAACAUAUCAGUGUAAUGCAUAUUGGAAAACCUUUGGAGAUGACCCACAUACCCUACAACUGAACAUUCAUACUGGUGUAAAACCUUGUAAAUAUAUGGAAUAUAGGAAUCCAUUUAGUUUUUAUGAAGACCUUAGUAUACACCAGAAAAUGCAUGAUGAUGAGAAGUGCUAUAAAUGUAAGGAAUUUAAAAGGACCAUUAGAAGAGUUGAAGAAAUAACUCCACUAAAAAUAAUUCAUGAUGGUGAGAAAGCCUAUGAAUGCACUUUCUGUGGGAAAUCCUUUAGAGUGCAUGCACAACUUGCUCGACACCAGAAAAUCCAUACUGAUGAGAAACCUUACAAAUGUAUGGAAUGUGGCAAGGACUUUAGAUUCCAUUCACAGCUAACUGAACAUCAGAGAAUUCAUACUGGUGAGAAACCGUACAAAUGUAUACAAUGUGAGAAGGUCUUUAGAAUUAGUUCACAGCUUAUUGAACAUCAGCGAAUUCAUACAGGUGAGAAACCUUAUGCAUGUAAAGAAUGUGGAAAAACCUUUGGGGUAUGUAGAGAACUGGCUCGACAUCAGAGAAUUCAUACUGGCAAGAAACCCUAUGAAUGCAAGGCAUGUGGAAAAGUCUUUAGAAACAGUUCAUCCCUGACUAGACAUCAGAGAAUUCAUACUGGUGAGAAACCCUAUAAAUGUAAGGAAUGUGGGAAAGCUUUUGGAGUAGGUAGUGAACUUACUCGACAUCAGAGAAUUCACAGUGGUCAGAAACCUUAUGAAUGUAAAGAGUGUGGAAAGUUCUUUAGACUUACGUCAGCACUUAUUCAACAUCAGAGGAUUCACAGUGGUGAGAAACCUUAUGAAUGUAAGGUAUGUGGGAAGGCUUUUAGACAUAGUUCAGCCCUUACUGAACAUCAGAGAAUUCACACUGGAGAGAAACCUUAUGAAUGCAAAGCAUGUGGGAAAGCCUUUAGACACAGUUCAUCCUUUACAAAACAUCAGAGAAUUCAUACUGGUAAGAAACCCUAUGAAUGUGAGGAAUGCGGGAAUGCCUUUAGUCCUGAAGCAGAUCUCCUUCAGCAUGAUCAAAUUCAUACUAGAGAGAAACCUCAUGAAUGUAAUGAAUGUGGAAAAACCUUCAGCCUGAAGGAAAACCUCAUAGAGCAUAAGAAAAUGCAUACUGGAGAAAAAUCACAUGAAUGUACUGAAUGUGGUAAAGUAUUCUCUCGAGUCUCAUCCCUUACUCUACAUUUGAGAAGUCAUAGAGGAAAGAAACCAUAUAAAUGUAAUAAAUGUGGAAAAGCCUUCACUUCUAUUCAGAUGUCAAGCCUCAUUAAACACCAGAGAAAUCAUACUGGAAACAAACCCUAUGCAUGUAAGGAAUGUGGAAAAGCCUUCAAUGGCAAAUCAUAUCUCACUGAGCAUGAGAAAAUCCAUACAGGAGAGAAACCAUUCGAAUGUAAUCAAUGUGGAAGAGCCUUCAGCCAGAAGCAGUACCUCAUUAAACAUCAGAAUAUCCACAGUGGAAAGAAACCCUUUAAAUGUAAUGAAUGUGGAAAAGCCUUUAGCCAGAAAGAAAACCUGAUUAUCCAUCAAAGAAUACAUACUGGAGAGAAACCUUAUGAAUGCAAGGGGUGUGGGAAAGCUUUCAUUCAGAAGUCAAGCCUCAUUAGACACCAGAGAAGUCAUACAGGAGAGAAACCCUAUAUAUGUAAAGAAUGUGGGAAAGCCUUCAGUGGCAAAUCAAAUCUCACUGAGCAUGAGAAAAUUCAUAUUGGAGAGAAACCCUAUAAAUGUAAUGAAUGUGGAACAAUCUUCAGGCAGAAGCAAUACCUCAUUAAACAUCACAAUAUUCAUACAGGAGAGAAACCCUAUGAAUGUAAUAAAUGUGGAAAAGCCUUCUCUCGAAUCACAUCACUUAUUGUACAUGUGAGAAUUCAUACAGGGGAUAAACCUUAUGAAUGUAAAAUAUGUGGGAAAGCCUUCUGUCAAAGCUCAUCUCUUACUGUUCAUAUGAGAAGCCAUACAGGUGAAAAGCCCUAUGGUUGUAAUGAAUGUGGAAAAGCCUUCUCUCAGUUCUCAACUCUUGCUCUACAUAUGAGAAUCCAUACUGGAGAAAAACCUUAUCAGUGUAGUGAAUGUGGGAAAGCUUUUAGCCAGAAGUCACAUCAUAUUAGACACCAGAGAAUUCAUACUCACUAAAGCUCGAUAAACGCCUUGAAUUUAGGAAAAGCUUCAGCAAAACUCAGACUUAAUGGUAUACCAGAAAUUCAUUUUAUAAUAAAGUGGCUUGAAUGUGGAAAAUACUUCAACAAAUCAAAACUUAAAUACUAACAAUUUUAAUAAGUAUCAUAGUUUAAAAACCUAUGCUCCCAGAACUCCCACAGCAAACAUUGUUAAUGAUGUACUUUUAGGAGCAAUCUCAUUGAAGUAAGUAUGGAUCCAGUCAUGGACACUAAGCAGCAUGGUUCUGGAAGGCCUACCUGAUGCAUUAAGACAAAGAUAUGAGAGGUAUAAAGAUUUUAAAUUAAGAGACAAAAUUGUCAUUUUUAAAAUUUUUUGCUACAGAUGUAAUCAAAAGUAUUUGUUCUUGAUGCAUUCAUAGAAAUCAAAGAUUGGGACAGAAUAUUGUAUUCAGAAACAUGCAUGCCUUUAUGGGGAAUUGGUAAUUGAUAGAGAUGAUAUCAAAAGUUGGUAGGGGAAUUAUGGAUGAUUCAAAAAAUGGUCUCAGGGUAACUGAUUCUUCAUGUGGAAAAAAUAUUGGAUCUCUGCCAUAGUAAUACAUUAAAGAAUUUAUUAUGAAAUCCAAAAGUAUUGUAAAGACCAGAAUGCAAAAAGCAAAACUUGGUAACAUAAGAAUUUUAUAGGAGAAUUUUAUAGGAGAAUAUACCUCCAGUAGGAAAGAAUUUCUAAAAUAGAUUCCAGAACACACACUCUUGAGUGUACAUGCAUAUACCCAAGAAACUGAUACAUGUACUUAAGUUAGGGAGUCAUGUAUCUUUAUGUUCAUUGCAGCAUGAAUUACAUUAGCAAAAAAUUGGAAACGUGUGUUGCUUGUGAAAUGGAUAAAUACAAUGUGAUAUAGGCACACAGUAGAAUAUUCUCUAGUAGUUAAGUAUAACAUAACAGAUUAUAUAUAUAAAUAGAAAGACCUGAAAAAUCAUGUGGCGUGAAAAAAAUGAAGAGAUCAAUAUGUUAUAAUCGUUAGCUCUGUGAAUUUGAAUGAAAUCAACACUAUUAUUAAGCAUUAGUUAUGGAAGAACAUUUUUAUGGAAAACUGAAGAAUGGAUUGGAAGGAUACACACUCAUUUCCCAAAAGUGAUUGCCUCUAGAAAGAAAGGUAGCAGAAAAGAAAUGGGACCAAGCAUGGUUGUUAAAGGAUAUUUCAGUUUUGUAUCUAAAUACCAUCAUUAAAAAGAAAUAAAGAUUCCAACUAAAUAUAACAAAAUGUUAGUUAACUCUGGGUUGUGGUAAUAUAUGUGUUCUAUUGUUUGUGCUAUUCCUGAAAAUUAAAAAAGAUAGAUAGGAGUAGGAAAGUUGUACAUGCAGUACAUGUAAUAAUGAACUCACAAUCCCAGGCAGAUGCUACUAUUUUAUAGAAAAUAUUUCUAAAAUCAUACCUUUAUUGGAAGUUAUUUUUUUUAAUUGGAUGGUAGCUUAAAUUAUUUAAAUGUACUCUUGCAUGUCACAUCACUAAUACGUGUGGUCUCAGAAAUUAAAGCAUGAUUCUGCAACAGGUUAAGUGGGUUACAUACAUUUAAGAAUCAUAUGAUUUAAUAAUACUUGCACAGACUUGAUACUAAGAACUAGUUUUUACUGAAACAUCAGAAAUUUUAAGAGUCCACAUAACCAGUAUUAGCAUUAAUAAUUUGAUAUUUUUUAAAUGAAGAAACCAAGUUACUCUUAAAUUUUUAAAUAUGCCACUGAGUAAAACUUCAACUCUUGCAUUUUACCUUCAAUUUUAACCUCAGAGAUUUUUAUUCUCUAUUCUGCCAGAUAUAAUUGAUAAAUCCCCUGUUUGUUUGUUUCUUUGGUGAAAAUGGUGCUAAAAGAGAUCUGAGACCUAAACAAUAUUGUUUUAUGUGAAGCAAAUCUUUUUGCCAAUUUUUGUUUACUUGAUCCCUUUCUACAACAACCUGACACAUAAAGAGUUGUUAAUGCUCUUUUUGAACAGUGAUAAAAAUGAGUAUGCAAUAUUUAAACCUUAGGCAUAUGUCAAAUAUAUCAAUUUCUUUGAAAUACAAAAUAAUGAAAUGCUAAUAAAACCAUAGUACUACACCA